AUGAAUAUAUCUAAUAAAAAGGUUAAUCGAUCAAUGAUUGAUAAAAAUCUAGCUCGAACAAAUAGUAAUUUAACUGUUAAUACAAAAUCAAAUAAUAUUAAAGAUGAAGUACAUAUAAAAAUUCAAGAAAUGAAUCCAUCACCUGGCAACAUACUUCUUCCAUCAACAAUUGGAAUUCCACCAAGAAAUGGUAGUCCAGAAAGUCGUCUACGUGAUCCUCGUAUACUUUGGGCACCAGCUAUAAGUAUUAGUGGUAAAAUUGAUCAACCAUUAAUAACACCACAAUAUCAAAAGAAACAACAACGUAUUGUUGAAAAAAGUGAACAAGUUAAAUUAAAUCCAAAAAUUGCAACAAAUAAUGAUUUAAGUCAUUUAACAAGAUUAGGACCCGGUCCAACAAGUUAUCAACGAUAUAAAGAUUACGAACAAAUGGGUGAAGAAUAUAUUUAUACUCAACAACCUCGUAUUCGUAUUCAUCCAUUAAUUGGUCCAAAAUUAAAACGUGAACGAUAUCAUCAUGAUAUUAAUGAUCAAAUAUUAUCUGAGGAGAAGAAAAAAAAAGAUUUUCAAAAUAUAAAACCAUUUUGGACAACAAUUGGUACUCGAACAUAUGAUUCACGUUUACCAAAUGCUCCAAUUUCUACAAUUCAUCAUCGAUUUGAUAUGACAUAUACAGAAAAUAAAACGAAUAAAUUACGAGGAAUAACUAUGCCUGGACCAGCUAUGUAUCCAAUACUUAAUACUAACAAUGAAACAAUAAAAAGAGAUAUAUGUGGUGGUGUUCGAGGUGUGACUAUAGCACCAAGAUAUCGUGAAAAACAUUUAGAAUUCUCUGGUCCUGGACCAGCAAUGGUCGAACGAGAAUUAUUAGAUAAAGGAUAUAAAAAUAUUCUAAGAAAAUCUCCAGCCUUUACAAUGUCUUUUCUUGAUAGUAAUACAUGUAAUGAUCGAAUUCAACUUAACAGACAACAAAAUAAAUCCUCAAUUUAUUGUUCAUCAUGUUCAACAUAUAUUAAUGGAAAAAUAUCAGCUUCUAGUCUACAAAUAGAAUUGCCAUCAUUAACACAAAUAACGGGUAUAUCUGUUCGUAAUCCUAAUCAAGACAAAAAUUCGACAAUAAGUUCAUAUUUUAUUGAAUAUCGACGAACACAAGAUGGUCCUUGGCAUUCUUAUGGAAGACGUCGACAACGAAAAUUGGUUAUCGAACGACGUCGUUUAUUUUUUAAUGAUGAUGAUAACUUAAAUAAAACACGUACAUUUCUUCCAUCAAUUAUUGCGCGACAAAUUCGAAUUAUUUUCGGAACAUCAUCCAUACCGAUAUGUACAAUCAUUCAAGUAUACGGUUGCCAAUCUCAAAAUGGUCUAAUUUCGACACGCCUUCCUCAAAGAUCAAUUAUUAAUACUGAUUUAAAAUAUGAUGGAUUGAUUGUAAAUUCAACUGCUCGAGGUGGCUUAGGUAUGUUAACUGAUGGAGAUACACAUCAUUUUAUUCAUUGGUCACCAUCAUCAGAACCAAUUUUACUUCUUUUUGGUUUUGAUACAAUAAAAGAAUUUCAAUCAAUUAAUCUUGAUAUAAAAUGUUCUUUAUUAUUAUUAUCAAGUUGUACAUUAAAAAUAAAUGUUGGUAUAUUAGAAAUAGUUACAUCAAAUAAUCUUUGGACAAAUCAUUUUAAUACAAUUUCAAUUCAAAAUCAUUUAUAUUAUGAUAAUACAACACAAACACAUCUUAUACUUUCUGUACCAAAAACUAAAGGUCAAUUUGUAAUCAUACAAAUAAAUACAAAAGAAGGUUUAGCACUUAGUGAAAUAACAUUUAACAAUCAAAAUGAAUAUGAUAAUGAUCAAUAUAUAAUACCAUCAUCAAUUUAUAUUGAAGCUAAUCUACGUCGAUUAGAAUUAUUAGCAUAUAAUGCUGUAUCAAAUGAAAUAAUACUUCAUCAUAGAUUAUCAUAUUUAUUAAUUUUUAUGUUAAUUAUUUGUGUUAUACUUCUUAUGUUUUUACUUAUUUCAUAUAUAUUUAAAGAUAAACAAAUAAAUCAUAUGCAAGUAAUACCUGAAGAAACUGAACAAAGUUUAACAAUAUCAAUAACAAAUUCAACAAAUGAUGAAAAUAUUCAAAAUCACUCUCAAUUAGAUCUCUAUUCCAAUCUUGAAAAUGAUGAUGAAUUAAUUUCAAAUUCUUUACAACUUAUUAAUUCACAAAAAAUUGUUAACGAAAGUGCUAAAGCAACUAUACGUAUACUGUCUUCACGUCGACGAUCAAUAACACCAAAAUGUUCUGUGUCUAAUUUACAUUCUGUUUGUGAUCAUCUAUCUGAAAUAGAUCGUAAUGAAAUACUAAUCAUUCAAAAUCUUGGUGUUCAAAAUAAUCAACAAUGUUUUUAUAGUGAAUAUGGUCAAAAUAAAUUAUCUGUUAUUCUAUAUGAACAAGAUAAUAAUGAAUUUUUUAAUUUAUCAAAAUUAAUAGAUCAUAAAAAUAUAGUCUCUUGUCUUGGUUAUGUUUAUAUAUCACCGGAACGAUGUCUUCUAGUCAGUGAAUAUAGUCAAGUGAAUUUAUUUGAAUAUUGUCAAACAAUGACGAUUGAAAAUGAAAAUACUGCAACAAUUCUUAUGGAAUUUCUUAAUGAUAUUCUAUCAGCUUUAAUUCAUCUUGAAUCAUUAAAUCUAAUUGUACGUGAUUUAACAUUACCUAAUUGUCUUGUAUUUAAUGAUAAAACAAUAAAAUUGUCUGAUUAUGCUAAACAAGAUGAUCGUUAUGUGUCAAGAUAUGUUCAACAAAUGCCUAUUCGAUGGUUACCUGGUGAUAUUGUUACAGAGGACGAAAUUUGGUCUGUUGAAACAAACACAUUUAUGUUUGGUACUCUUGUUUUUGAAUUAUUUCAUUUGGGUUCAUGUGUUCCAUAUAGUGAUUUAAAUAAUGAUGAAGUUUUACAACUCUUUCAUGAUUUAUGGCCAAACUCAAAACAGAAUAGUAUUGAGCCAUCUGUUCUGUGUUUUUCAACAUAUUUUCCACGUCCAACAUUAUGUAAUGAUCGUCUUUAUGCAUUUAUCGAACGUUGUCUUUCAUGGUCAAUAAGUAAUUAUGGACGAAAAUUUUCAACUCUAACUUCAGCUAUUGAAAAACCACUAUCGAAUAAUCGAUGUGCUCAAUUAAAACAAAUGCUUUUAUCACCACAACUUGAAUUCAUUAUGGAAGCUCAUAGUGCAUUAAGUGCAAAAAUUGUUGAAGAAACAGGUUUUAAGGCUAUUUGGGCAAGUGGCUUAUCAAUGUCAGCUUCACUUGGUUUACGUGAUUCAAAUGAAGCAUCAUGGACUCAAGUUCUUGAUAUUCUUGAAUUUAUGGCUGAUGCAACAAGAAUUCCAAUACUUGUUGAUGCUGAUACAGGUUUUGGUAAUUUUAAUAAUGCUCGUCGUCUUGUUCGUAAACUUGAACAAUUGGGUAUAGCUGGUGCUUGUAUCGAAGAUAAAUUAUUUCCAAAAACAAAUUCAUUAUUAGAAGAUCGUCAACAACCAUUAGCUGAUAUGAAUGAAUUUGCUUUAAAAAUUCGUGCUAUGAAAGAUACUCAACAAGAUCCAAAUUUUUGUGUUGUUGCUCGUGUUGAAGCAUUUAUAAGUGGAUGGGGUUGUGAUGAAGCUAUACGUCGUGCUGAAGCUUAUUUAGCAGCUGGUGCUGAUGCUAUAUUAAUGCAUAGUAAACAAAAAGAUCCUAAAGAAAUUGAACAAUUUAUGAAAGUAUGGAAUAAUCAAGGUCCUGUUAUUAUUGUUCCAACAAAUUAUUAUCAAACACCAACAGAAACAUUUCAAAAAUGGGGUAUAUCAGCUAUUAUAUGGGCUAAUCAUAAUUUACGUGCAAGUAUAAAAGCGAUGCAAGCAACAUCAAAACGUAUUUAUAAUGAACAAACAUUAGUUAAUGUUGAAUCAAAUAUUGUUAGUGUUAAAGAAGUAUUUCGUUUACAAAAUGAUCAAGAAUUAGUUAAUGCAGAAAAAAAAUAUCUACCAAUUAAAUCAAAAAACUAA